CAAGAGGGACUGCGCACUACGAAGCUUCGACUCGAACGAGAGUCAGCCUCUGAAACCCGACGAACAUCCCGGGCAGACGACGUUUCUCCCUCAAAAAAUCCGAUACUCGAGACAGAACGCUUCAUUAUUUAACAAUAAUUCAAAUAUCGAAGUACAAUUACUAAUGAAAAUGCGUUCUAAGGUGUAUUGCCGCGUUGUCAAUUUUAAAAUUGGAACGUUAACUUUUUUUUCUUAACCUCAGUGAAUGAACGAGCAUUAUUUAGCCCCGUGUGUGAUUUUUACUACCCGUGCGAUUGCUGAAUAGCUUGACAGUUGUUUUAUGAUAUAUUUUAUGACUACCAGUGGGAAGUGCUUAAAGGUGUGAUUUUGAUUUAAAAUAAUAGGAAUAGCUGAUUCGCCUAACAACGACGGAAUAGAAAUGAAGAUAAAUAAGUAGACACACCGAAUUUUAUUCACCUUGAUAAUGGAUAUAUGACUAAAGAAGAAAUCAAACAGGAUAAUGACAAACGUAAAAUUAAAACUAAUGUUCUACCUCCUAAACUCCCUUCUAUCCGCCGACUUGGUGCACUCUCGUCCCUACUCGGACUUCAAUUCAACGGAUAUCAUAAUGAACUUUUCUAAUAAUAGUAGUACGUAUAAUAUACCCGUAGAUUCUAAUUCCGACACGCUCAUUGUUGCGAACGAGGAAGAAACUGCAGAGGAAACUAAUAAGAGUUCCAAUACACAAAUGGAGGCUAUAGUGAACGCUGAGCAGGACAGGGACGAGGCGUUUUCCGAGAAUAAAAACCAAGACCAAGUUAGUAUAUUAAAAAUACAUAAGAACGGAGGGGAAGCCUUCGAGAAACAAUUGAACAUAUCAAGUCCUCUCUUAGACGAGAUGAUAGACUCCGAAUCGGAUAGAGAAGAAACGUUAACUGACAUACUCUUUAGACCUGAUUCUGAAUUCGCCGAGGACACGCCUAGAUUCGAGUUCUUAAUAGCCGCUAAGAUUAAUGGCAGCGACGGUAAUGACACUAAAGAGAUCUCUUUUAGUGAUAAUAAUUUAGAUAAAAGAAAUCGUAACAUCAGUGAUGUACUGCGAAAGGUGGAUUAUGUUGAACUAGUAGAAGUUAUCAAGCCUUCGAAUAUGAAUGAGAACAAGAGCGCGUAUAAUUUAGCGAACAUCACCGCGCACAAUGUAGAUAACGAUGUGGCGCCGGACACAAUUCUGUCCAUGUUUUCAGGUUACACUGACGUGCAGACACUUUUCCUGGCCUGCUUCGCUACGCUUCUGCCACUUCUAACCGUGCUCUUCGCAACGCUUCUUGUCAGGUGUAUGCUGAGACGGUGGUGCCCAACUUGGUGUAAGAAGCCCUCUGAUUCAUCGGUUUCUGAUAGCAGCGAGAAGCAGGAUAAUAAUCAUCAACAGUUAAAGUCUUCAGAUGAGGGUGGUACUGAUGUGGACACACCUCCGGCCAACGGAUCCAUCUUCACCAUGACGCUGAAAAAUAAUCAUCUUAUUGUUGAAACGGAGGAGAGAAAUGAUAUUACUAAAAACGGUCGCGAAACGAAGAUGAAAUAUUCUCCUGAUAACGACGGUAUAUUUGUUGUUGAAGUCCAACAAUCAACUACUUACAGACCUCAUAAAUCACUUCACAACUCGCCACCACACGAUCCACAGAUUUCAACCAAUCAAGCACUUAUUCAUCGCGUUCCCGAGGAUUUGGAAAGGAAGAUCAUCAUUGAAGAGGACAGUGAACGAAGCAGCGGGAAGUAUGAACGUCAGGCGCUAGCUUUAUCAAGUACAGGCUUGUCAAUAUCUGAUCUCAGCAUGUCCUCAAUCGGUUCACACAACAUCAGCUAUUCAUACAGCAGUCAGAUGGGAUACGAUCAAGGUCCAUUCGGCUACCCAGUCUAUGCUGGUUACGAUACUUCUAAAGACGAUCUAGCCGAUGCGAUAGUGCAUGACAAUUCUCAAGAACCACUUAUAGGUAAAACACCAACAGAUCCAGAUAAACCUGUUGUAACUGCAGCUAUUUUCAAACAAGAUUCCAUAAUUGGUAACGAUAUGUUGCAAGGUCCUGGUUAUAGUAUCGAAGGGUCGACUGAUGGUCCUUUACUAUCUGAUGUGCAGGCCAGAGAAUACAGCUUACAACACUUGCACGAUAUCAGGGAGAAGAAAUUAGAAAACGGUGUUGCUAUACCCAUAUCUGAUAAAGUUGAUAAAAAAAUGAAAUCAUUUAACAGGGCUGAUAGUUUACCAGUUGCAACACAAGACGAGUCGGAUGUAAAAGUUAUGGAGACGAUAGCUGAAGAUUUUCCUCCAAAGGAUGUAAUAAAAGGUAAGAGAGCGUCAUUACCAGUGAUAAAGAUGGAUGUGUAUGAAUCAGUUAAGGAGGUGAUUAAAACUGGAUCACCUAAAUUCGAGAAGCUUACCAAUGAAAUGUCCCCAGGUGUAAGCAGUUUCGACAGCCCCCCCAUGAUCACCAUCACGGAGGAGAGUGAGUCGGCCAAGUCUGAUAGCACCAGUUAAUUCUAUCUCAAUUUUAUUGUAAAUAGAUGUAAGUAAUGAUGUGAUUUGAUGAUAAUUCGUAAUCUGUAGGGUUUUAAGUGCGAUACCAGUACGAGUUAUGGCUUUUGAUAUAUUUUAA